UUUUUGGUGACUAAAGUGGUCACAAGAUACACACAAUCUCUAUACUCGAACCAGAAAAAUGGAACAGCUAUUACGGUUUCUCUAAGGUUGCCUCAAUUCAGAUUUUACUCGCCGUCGUCUUCUAGGAUUCUUAGUAAUGGGUAUCGUCAAAAUCAUUCAUUGGGACUUCUCCAUAACGUCAAAGGAAGAUUUUUAGGCGAUCGUAUUCCCUCACGGAGCUAUUCGAUUGCAAUUGCAAGCAAUGUAGUCAAGCAACAUGCGCAAGUCUCUUGGAGAAGGCUUCUUGAUAGAUACUCUAUGCGCCAUUGGAACUUGCCUCGGCUAAGUAAACUGGCUCAAGCGUUUGGCCCGUCUCUAGCUCGCUCGCGCUUUUUGUUGCCAGGUAUCUUGGCUGUUAGCUGGAGACAGGUGACAUGGGCUCAGAGGCCUGCUCCAAGUCCUGUUGUUAAGCACUAUUCUUCACAGUAUUCUCUUCAUAGGAGUGCGUUGAAGGUCCCUAUUGUUCUCUCUACUCUAUUGUUAUCCGCCAUGGAAGGUGUUAUUUUGAUCGGCAGAGCUCUCUAUUUAGCGGUUUUGCUAUCACCUAACCUUGUAAUGGCGUUGCUAGAGUUUUCGUGCGGGACUCGGUUUAGAAAACUGCGGCAUGAGGUCCUUCGUCGUUCUCUGGAGAAAGCAGGUCCUGCUUUUAUCAAGUUCGGGCAAUGGAUUGCGACAAGGCCUGAUAGGUUCUCCAAAGAUUUGUGUUUGGAGCUUUCAAAGCUUCACAGUAAUGCUCCUGAGCACAGUUUUGCAUUCACCAAGAAAACCAUCGAAAACGCGUUUGGUCGUAAACUCUCUGAGAUAUUCGAGGUGUUUGAUGAGUCGCCGGUUGCUUCCGGGAGUAUAGCUCAAGUGCAUAGAGCUACCCUGAAGUUUCAGUAUCCAGGACAGAAGAUUAAAUCCUCUGAAGUCGCUGUUAAAGUUAGGCAUCCUUGUGUUGAGGAGACGAUGACGAGAGAUUUUGUGAUAAUCAAUUUGGCAGCAAAGCUUACUACUUUUGUUCCGGGUUUGAAUUGGCUUAGAUUGGAUGAGUGUGUGCAACAGUUUAGCGUCUACAUGUUGUCUCAAGUUGAUCUAUCAAGGGAAGCUUCUCAUCUGAGCCGGUUCAUAUAUAACUUCCGUGGAUGGAAAGAUGUCUCUUUCCCUAAGCCAGUCUUCCCGCUUGUGCAUCCCUCUGUUUUGGUUGAGUCAUACGAGCACGGAGAGAGCGUGGCUCGGUAUGUCGAUGGCUCUGAAGGACACGAAUGGCUCAAGGCUAAAGUAGCUCAUAUCGGAACUCAUGCUCUCUUGAAGAUGCUCCUGAUUGACAACUUUAUUCACGCCGAUAUGCAUCCCGGGAACAUUCUUGUCCGCAAGAACGAGACUCAAAAAGGUCUUUUCAAAUCGAAGAAGCCACACAUUGUCUUCCUAGAUGUAGGCAUGACUGCAGAGCUCUCGAAAACCGACAGAGACAACCUACUCGGUUUCUUCAAGGCGGUUGCACGCAGAGAUGGCCGGACCGCUGCUGAGAGAACGCUUAAGUUAUCUAAACAACAGAAUUGUCCUAAUCCACAGGCCUUUGUCGAGGAAGUAGAAGAAGCUUUUAGAUUCUGGGGAACACAGGAAGGAGAGUUAGUUCAUCCAGCGGAUUGUAUGCACGAGUUGUUCGAGAAAAUGAGGCGUCAUAGAGUUAACAUCGACGGCAAUGUUUCCACAGUGAUGUUUACAACAUUAGUUCUCGAGGGUUGGCAAAGAAAACUUGAUCCGGGGUACGAUAUAAUGCGCACGCUACAGAAAAUGCUGCUGAAAACGGAUUGGGCAAAGUCACUAACUUACACGAUAGAGGGACUUAUGGCUCCUUAG